CGACACUCGUGGAGUCUCCGGAGUGCUUUCUACGCGUCUCAGCCACCGCAUGAACCCGCGGCGAGCGGACACAACGGAUGGCGAAGACGACUCAAGGGUGAAGCAAGGUGAAGAGUGACCAAGCAAAAGGAAGGAGUCUGAUGUCAUCGCCGUCAUCCCCCCUCCCCGAGAGGCGGGUUCUGGUCGGGAACUGGAUCCCGUAUUCCAAGUCCAUCCUCCGAUCCUCCAUCGGAGCGCUGAGUGCGUCGCUCGUGUGUCAGAGGAUUCGGAACGGAUUCGCCCAGUUCAGGGACCGUCUCCGCGCCUGCUUCCACUCCUUUCGGCGUUACAUCCUCAUCGCAGAGAUGGUGCUACCGGCAGUGUGGAUCGACCGGCAGUUGAGCCGCUUGUUGGGAAAACUGGGCCACGCGGUCGGAGAGAGACCCAGCUCCUUCAUCUUCGGCACUCUUUUCCUUUUCCUUUUUUUCGCCACUGGGAUUCAAAACAUGAACGAUAACUACGUCGGCGACGUGGAAUGGCUCUUCACGCCCGUGCACGGGCGGGGGAAGGCGGAGGAACGCGUCUACAAGGAAUACUUCGAACAGAGGAUCCACAGCGAACGACGAAGAAGACGUAGUCCUCGCUACGACCUCGACCCCGAUCCUCUACGAGACCAGAUGACGCGACGCGAUUUCACGGAUGACCUGGCCUCGAGUUGGCUGGGAGGACCAGAUCGCAAGAAACUCGCGAGACCCUCUAAACCCCAAACGAAUCAUCUGAACGAUUGGAACAUCUGGGGAAGCCCCGUCUACUCGAACGAACUCGAAGAGGCGGAAGAGAAAGAAAUUCGCUCCGGCCGAGGCAGAAGGAACGUGAAGGAAGACCUAAAGGAGAAGGAGGGCAUCUGGGCGAUGGCCAGGGUUCUCGUCGUGGCCAAGGACGAAGGGACCAUGCUCAGGAAUGACACCCUGCAUGAGUUUCUUUACGUCACCAACAGACUCCGAUCGGUCAAACUCAAAGCCAAUGGCAAGGAAUAUACGUACGAAAACAUCUGUGGGAACCAUUGCUGGGACCCGAGAGGAGAAAUCCAAAAUUUCAUCGACCUCAUGCCCCGUUACGAGGCGGGAGAGGUUAACAUCACCUACCCGGCCUUUCUGGACCCGGUGACCUUGAAGACCAUGGUCCUCCCCACCAUUUUUGGCGGGAUCGAGCCCUCGGACGACGGUGCCGUGGUGACCUACGUGAAGGCAGCUGCCGUGACCCAAGUCGCCGCCUCCAAGCCCAGGGAAAUCUUCGAGCUCGGUUACGAGUGGCUGCUAGUAGCGGAGACGGAGAUGAACCAACUACGAAAGGAGCUGGAGCACCUGGACAUGUACUUCUACUCCACCCGGAUUGCGACUGACCAAUUAGACAGAGGAUUCAACGCCGUGUUCCCUUUCGUCGCAGCCGCCAUCAUCAUCCUCAUCGGCUUCUCCACCCUCUGCCUCGUGACUCUGGAUCCGGUCAAGUCCAAGCCCAUGCUGGCCAUCAUGGGAGUGGUUUCGGCUGCGAUAGCCACGCUCGCUUCCAUGGGCUUCCUCAUUUACAUCCAGAUCCCCUUCAUCGGGCUCAACAAGGUCGCGCCCUUCCUCAUAUUGGGGAUCGGGUUGGACGACACGUUCGUGAUCGUGGGAGCGUGGAGACGGACGAAUCCUCGGAACGGCGUCUCGGACCGAAUGAGGGCGACGUAUGCGGAGGCGGCCGUGAGCGUGACCAUCACUUCGCUCACGGAUGGGAUCAGUUUCCUCAUCGGGGCCCUCACCGACAUCCCCUCCAUCUACGUCUUCUGCACUUACACAGGGACGGCGGUGGUAUUCCUCUACUUUUGCCACCUGACCUUCUUCGGGGGAUUCCUGGCCCUCACGGGAUACGCAGAGCAAGCCAAUCGCCAUUCCAUCACCUGCUUCAAGGUCCCUGCCAAGUCCGAGGCCCGUCAGUCGCUUUCCACAUUCCGUACAUUCGAGUCGCCGCCUGUUGACUUUAAUCCCACGAAUUUUGAAUUUGCGAAAUUUGUGUACAUA